AUGGUCCAAGUCACUCAGCUUAAGAUCGCCGUUCUGGAUGAUUACCAGGGCAUCUCGGAACCCCGGUUCAGCAAGCUGGACAAGUCGCUCUUCGAUGUAACCUUCUUCAAGGACACCUUACUGCCCUACAACCACCCCGGAACCCCUGAGCAUGUCAGGGAUGCCUUGGUCUCGAGGCUAGAGCCUUUCGACGUAAUCUGUACUAUGAGGGAACGUACCCCAUUCCCCAAAGAACUCAUCGCGAGGCUGCCCAAUCUCAAACUUCUUCUCACAACUGGCUUGCGUAACAACAGCCUCGACCUCCCCACCUUCAAGGAGCGCGGCAUCCCCGUCGCUGGCACUGCGGAAAGGUCCACUGGUAAACAGGCUGGCACAAACAGCACGACUGAGCACUGUGUCACACUCAUCCUCUCUCUGGCGCGGAACAUCGCCCGUGAUGACCUGGCCGUCAAGUCGGGCCUGUGGCAGACCGAACCCGCCACCGGCCUAACAGCCAAGACACUCGGCGUCGUGGGGCUGGGGCGUCUCGGUGUCUCGACGGCCAAGAUCAUGCACUUGGCAUUUGGCAUGAAAAUCAUUGCCUGGAGCCCGAACCUGACGCAGGAAGCUGCCGAUGAGAAGGCAGCGGCUGAGGGCUUGCCCGUCGAGGGGCCUGAUGGGGAGAAGACCUUCAAGGUCGUCAGUCGACACCAGCUUUUCAGUAUUGCCGACGUCCUCAGUGUUCACCUGGUGCUCUCCGACCGCUCUCGGGGGCUCAUCGGCGCCGAAGACCUUUUCAGGAUGAAGAAGUCUGCGUUUUUCGUCAACACGUCUCGUGGGCCGAUUGUAGUCGAGAAGGACCUGUUGGAUGUGCUGAAGAGAGGUGGCAUUCGGGGCUGUGCUCUGGAUGUCUUCGACCUCGAGCCGCUGCCAUUGGACAGCGAGUGGCGUACGGUGAACUGGGGACAAGACGGGCGCAGCAGAGUACUGCUAACGCCUCACAUGGGGUAUGUUGAGGAGAAGGCGUUGAGUGAGUGGUAUGAGCAGCAAGUAGACAACAUCAAGAGAUGGCAGUUGGGGGAUGUUCUCGCCAAUGUACUGGCGUAG